AUGGCGUCUCGGGAGGGAGGAGCAGGUGCGGCGGGCCGGCCGGCGCUGCGAGUCGGCCGGACGCGGGAGUACCGGACGGGCAUGGAGACGGAGCUGCUGUCCAUCGACGCCGGCGCGUCGCGCGGCCCGGCGGUGAGCCUCUUCGUGCUGUGCGGCGACCGCUUCGAGGCCGCGCACCUGUUCCGGUCGGGGAGCCUGUCGCUGCACAUGGCCCGCGUGGAGGGCCUCCCGGUGUCCAUGGCCACCUGCACCGUCGGCGACCACCAGUGGAUGCUGGCGCGCGACGCCCUCGUGGCGCGGAUCGACGCGCGCGCCUUCGUCUUCGAGCUCCCAGGCUUCUUCUACGCCGUCGUCGUGCCGCCUGACGCCGCGGGUGGCGCGGCGGAGCGGAAGUGCGCCACGAUGGCGGACAUCUUCUCACGGUUCUGCGCGUACCACGACCUUGCCGCCGCCGAUGGUGGAGACGAACUUGCUGGUGAGCUGAACACGAACCCAUGGGUCCGUGCCCACGCCAGGAUACAGCGCCUCAAGAGGCACACCUCGCCCGCCGGACAGGCCGCCGCCGACGCGCCGUCCGACCGCGCCAGGCAGAUGGAGCGCGCCGUCCGCACGUCAGCGGUCGUCAAGCUGCUUACCCGAUCCCUGCUAGCUGGCGUGCUCCAGCCCGGCCGGCACCUGAUCAUCAGCACCGGCUUCGGCGCCGCCAAUGCCGGCGCCAGCUCGCGGCCCUCCACGGCAGCGCUGCCAAGCAAAUCGGUCGUGUCAGACCUCCUCGACGCCAUCGAGACGAACCGGGCCGCGCCGCUUCGCGACGCCCGCCGUGGAUCCGGUGGCAGCGGUGGACUCGGGUGGUGGAACCUCAACGUGGAGGGCAUAAUGCUGCUGCUCAGGGUCGUCCAGGUGGUCCGGGGAAGGAAGCAUCUAGCGGAGCCGGCGGCAGGGGAAAAGAGGCCACGGGACGAGGGACCUGGUCGCGACACCAUGAGAGGCGGCGUUAUGGGAGGUGGCGGCGCGGCACGGCGGUGGUGCGGCGGGAGGCCGAGGAAGAUUGGGAAUACCGUUGGCGCCUGCGGGAGCUCUCGAGUCUUCAGCGCCCAGGGAGUAUAG